AUGCCUCCAAAAUCUGGUAAAAUCGAAAGUAAUCUAAUCGGAUCACGAUCGGGUAAAAAGCAAGCUGUGAACAAAAUUAAUGAUGUCACCGAACGUACACAACAGAAUGUAUUAGAAAGAUUUACAGAUGAACAAUUGGUGGAAUUUCGAGAAUUAUUCAACAUGUUCGAUAAAGACAAUCAAGGAUUCUUAACUUUACAAGCACUUGUUUCAACAAUGAAAUCAGUUGGACAAACACCGACUGAGGCUGAUACGAUUGAUUUAAUGCGUGAAAUUGAUAUCGAUAAUUCUGGUACUAUUGAUUUCUACGAAUUUGUUCAUAUUAUCUCACGUAAAAUGCAUCCAAGUGAGACAACACAAGAGAUACGACAAGCCUUCAAUUUAUUUGAUCAAAAUCAAGACGGAAUGAUUACAUUGGAUGACCUGCAGAUGACUGUCGAGAAGUAUUUGAAGACUUCAAUUAAUGAUUUUGAUCUACCGCAAAUGAUUGAAUUAGCCGCUGAUGAUAAUGCAUCUGGACAAAUUUCAUUUGAAGAUUUUCUUCGUGUCGCUGUUUGUCGAACUGACAAGAAACGAAGUGAUGGAACAAGUACUUGA